AUGUCUAAUAACAUAAAUCAUAAAAAAAUUUUAAAAUCUAUAAAUAAAAAAAUUUCUAAACGUAAUCUUCAAUCAAAAAUUGAAAGAUUAAUAAAUCAUAAUCAAGAAUUAAAAGAAUUCAUCAAAGAACUAAAAAACGAAAGACUUGCUUUCAAGAAAGAAAAUGAAGAUUUAAAAAAGAAAAAAAAAGACCUCAAAAUAGAAAUUAAAGAAAGAAAUUGUUACUUUUCUGAAUUUCAUAAAUUUCUUGAUACAAAAUAUAAAAAUAUUUAUUCUGAAUUUGUCAAAGAAUUCUCUCAACAAGAUUCAUUUAAAAAACUUGGAUUUUCUUUAGAUGAUGAAUUUUCAUCCAAUAUUGAAAUCAUUGAAAUUUCUGAUAAUGAAAUAGAACUUCCUGAAAUUAUCGAAUUGGAAUAA